AUGUCACCUCUCAAUAUCCAAGGCAAAAGCCAAUUAAAUCUUAUAGAUACUCUUACAGUUUGCAAUUUGUCACAAUAUAAUCAUCUUCGUAACAAUAACGGCAGAAUAUUGGACUGGGUGCUGUCUAACAGCGAAGUCAGAGUCGAUCACUGUUGUGAUCCACUAGUUCCUGAGGACCCGCACCACAAAGCCAUCUUAUUAUCUACCAAUUUCAUGCAACCACAUAAACUACCCGCAAAGCCUAUAGUAAGCUACAACUACCGACAGGCUAACUACACUGCUAUUGCUGAGGAGUUGGAUGGUUAUGACUGGCACAAAGAGUUACAUGGCGGCUCUCUUGAUGACGCUGUAUUAUUUUUCUACGACAUACUAAACAAAGUUAGAAAUAUCCACGUCCCGCACCGACUCACUGUGACACCUGUAAGAUAUCCUCCCUGGUAUAAAAAACCGUUAAUCAAAAUUCUUCGAGAAAAAGCUAAAUCACACCGGAAAUUCAAAAAAUAUGGUAAUUUAUCUGAUCAAUUAUCUUUCACUACUUUACGACAGCGUGCCAAAGACUUAGAGAGGGACAUGUUUAACAGCUACAUUGCGGGUGUGGAAUCAGGUAUUACAAAGAAUCCGCGGGCAUUUUGGCGAUAUGUCAAGUCUAAGAAACAAUCGCACUCUUACCCCUCAAUAUUUAAAUACAAGGAGCAAUCGUUUGGGACCGGGGAGGACAUAUGCAACAUAUUUUCUGAUUACUUUUACUCUAACUUUGUACCCCCCGAUCUCCAAGACGCGCAUACUAAGCUCGACAUGCAGGAUUUUGAAACAUCUGUAAAUAUUUAUGACGACAGAUCGGAUAUUGCCUCGAUUGAAAUUCAAAGUUCUGAAGUGUUCAAGUUAUUAAAACGGGUCGACCUUAACAAAUCCGCAGGACCUGACAAUUUCCCACCAAUCUUCAUACUUAAUUGUGCGAAAUCUUUAACCCUCCCUAUUUCUAUCUUGUUCAGACGAUCUUUAACAGAAGGAACUAUGCCUGCGAUUUGGAAGUCGGCAUAUGUAACUCCAAUACAUAAAAAAGGUCCGAGGGACGAGGUGGAGAACUAUAGGCCAAUCUCAAAGUUGUGUGUGUUCGCUAAAAUACUCGAAAAAAUUAUAUACAAGCAGUCAUCUAAAAUAUUACUAUACGCAGACGACAUGAAAAUACUACAUAAAAUAUGCUCUCUUGACGACACAGUUAACUUGCAGGAUGAUCUCGAUCGGUUUCAGGCGUACUGCACUAGAAACAAGUUGGAUCUGAACGUAUCCAAAUGCUACGUCUGUACUUUUACACCCGCUGCCGAAGGUUUCACUUGCUUCCACUGCAGGAGCGAAGGAAAAUAG